UUUCUAGAUCGAUUCGACGAAUUGAAAUGUGUGUAAACAAUCAGGAACGUGAGGACACCACAAUUUCCUAGCGAUGUGUGGGAUUUUUUGCUACAUCUGCACUAACAAUAACUCCUCUGUGGGCGAAGAAACGCUAGAAUCGAUCGAAAAUCUCCUAAGAAAUCGUGGCCCAAACUAUGAGUCUACAUUGGUGUAUGAUUCGAAGGUGCUGUUUUAUGGAUCGGUGCUAUGGCAUCAGGGAGUAUCGUUAUGCAAACAACCUAUAGAAAGUGACCACACGGUGCUGGUAUUUAAUGGAGAUAUCUUCCAAAAGCGGGAGGAUAUGAACAGCAGCGACACGUUGUGGCUGUUGCGAAAAAUUGAAGCAUCUCGGAACGAAACUGAUCUCUUCAACCUUCUCGCUUGCUUACGUGGUCCGUUUAGUGUAAUUUUUCUAAGGAAGGAAGAAAAUAGAAUAUACUUUGCCCGAGAUGCCGUUGGACGAAAUAGCUUGCUCAUUGGAAGGAAGCACGAUGGAAACAUUUUCAUUUCAAGCGUUGGAGGAAACGUUCCAUCCAGUGUCGUCUACGAACUUCCUCCCUAUGGGCUUUACUUUAUCGAUUUGGCUAGUGUAAAUGGAUCGGAAUCAGUUACCUUACUGCCGUGGACGGAUGAUUGCAGGGAACUAGACCAGAUGUUUUGCAGUUCAUUAACAAUUCAGACAGCGGUUAAAAUUCAAACCCCAGUAGGAGGAAACAUAACGCAGUAUAACUUUAAUUUUCAUACUCUGCUAUUAAACGAAACUUCGUUGGAUAGUGACAUUUUUGGCUGUCUGUUUAAGCACCCAGAAAUUCAAAAUGUUUGCAAUCAACUACUUGGUACUUUACGCAAUGCAGUUGAAGAACGUAUUACCAACACCACACAGUACUGCAAAAUGUGUCUAGAAAAACAAUCAGAAUGCAUCCAUCCAAAGAUUGGAAUCUUAUUUUCGGGUGGAAUAGAUUGUACGAUUCUAGCUCUUUUGGCAGAUGAAUUCGUACCAACGAACUGUCCGAUUGAUUUAAUGAAUGUUGCCUUUGAAAAGGUAAGCCGUGCGAAAGUAAAGCCUACAGUAAUAGAAUGGAAUGUGCCGGAUAGAGUGACUGGGCUGGCUUCCUUGGAUGAGUUGCGCCGUUUACGGCCAAAUCGCGUGUGGAAUUUUGUGGAGAUAAAUGUCAAUCGAUGCGAACUAAAUGAGAAAAGAAAAAUCAUUUCUAAUCUCGUGUUUCCUCUGCGGAAUGUUUUGGACGAAUCCUUGGGUGCCGCACUUUGGUUUGCAUCUCGUGGAGUUGGGCAGAAAAACGGAGAAACCUACACCAGUCCCUGUCGGGUACUGUUGCUAGGUUCCGGUGCCGAUGAGCUGUUUGGUGGAUACACUAGACACAAAGCUGCGUUCGAAAGAAAUCUUCUCGGUUACGCAGAAAAAAGUGCUACUGAGCAUAGUCCUCAUGCCUACCAGAAAGCGUACGAAGCACUGGAGGAAGAACUGAAUUUAGAUUGGAGGCGCCUGCCAAGUAGAAACUUGGCACGUGAUGACAGAGUAAUAAGCGACAAUGGUGUAACACCUAGAACUCCUUAUCUGCAAGAAGAUUUCAUCGCGUUGGUACGUUCCUUGAAAGCUUCCCAACGGUGCUAUCAUCCACUGGGACCCGGGAUUGGUGACAAGCUUAUGUUACGCUUAUGUGCCUAUAAACUCGGUUUAACGCAAGCAUGUGUGCUGCGGAAACGUGCUUUACAGUUCGGUUCCAGGAUAGCAGACCGAAAACAAAAUGCAUCCGACCGUUCAACGUACCUGGAAGAUUAAUUAUCUUUAGCAUCAGGUUAGCUCACGAAUAAAAGACAGCCAAAACAA